UCACCACAGCUUUACUAUGCCCAUGCGUGGUACCUUAGUUGACGUAUACUGAGUGCGGACUCUGUUUCGCUUGUCAUCCUCAGAAAUACCUUGGCAAUAUUGUAGUAAACAGGGGAACAGUUUGAUUAGCUGAAACGAGGAUUAUUGUAAACUUACCUGUAAGACAGGUGCAAAUAUAUAAUGGCGGGACGAAAGUUACCAAAAGAAGCCCAGGCAGUGUUCAAUAAAUACACACAUAACUACGUGAUGAGGUUAAAGAAACCGGAAGCAGUAAAAAUGUUUGUAACCGAUUACAAGCUUUCAGAUGACCACGCCAGUCUCAUGUUCGACAUAUUCGAUAUUGAUAAGAACGGAGAACUCAGUAUCUGGGAAUACCAACAGUUCUAUGCCACACUCGGAACUAGCGUGCAUGAGGUCAUCGGACUCUUCAACAAAGUGCAAAGGUCAGAUGGUUCUGGUAACGUGGACAUGGAUCGCACCUGGGAAGAAAUGAAAGAGGUGAAGACUAUGUCCGGUCGUGUACUUACUGACCCCGAAUUAGAACAAUUCCUCAGGAAUGGUGCAAACGAGAAUAAAGAAAUAGACAUUAGACGAUUUAUCAACGUCAUGGUCAGGAUCAAAACUUUCCGAGGGUAAACGACGCCAGAUAAGACCAUUUAAAGGAAGUGUAUGAGGCUAGCUACCAUUUCAGUUAAGAUCAAGUGAGGAAAUGAUGACACGAUUUCGUAAUGUUGUGUAUCAUAACAGGUUACCUGUUCGGUUACGAUGUACCAAGUUUAAGACAAUAUUUCAUUCCAGCGUUCGUCUUUUUCCGUACUACACUCGUUAUUUUCCGGACAAUGUCACAUGGUCUUCCGGAUGAGCACGAUAUAUUAUGACGUUGACAAAUCCGUGUAAAAUGUAUUGUUGCUUAGUUACAAAGCCAGUGUUGUUGUGUCUUACUUGUAAAAUCAUUAUUUGACAUGAAUAGUUUAAAAUAAGUAUUUGGAUAUAUGAACUGUUUGUAUUAGAGAGAUGAAGAGUUUAGUUGUCCGGGGACGAUUAACGUUUUUCAGUAAUAGUUACAUACUUACUUAUUUAUUCUUCGUUCUUUCAGCAUUUUCUUUUUUAAAUGUCACUCAUAUUGUGCUAAUUUAUUUUAAAUCAUAAGAUUGAUCCCAAUAUGCACUGCCAUGUCAUUGAGAGAGAGAUAGAGUAUGGAUCAUCGUUGACUUUGUGAAAUAGCUCGUCUUUGGUUGAUGUAUCGCAUAGCAUAUAGGCCUUAAGAUUCACCGAGUUAUCUCCCUUUAACUUUCUUUUUCAAAGCAAUGAAAAUGAAACCUUAUAAACCUACCCAGAGUUAUCCCCCUUCGUUUAAACGAUAAGGUGAAUGACUUUACAAUACCUUUAUGCUAAUAAAUCCUUAUUCAGUUGAGUUUUUUUUUAUCAAUAAGUCAUGCUCAUUGUUCAUAUGGAGAUUGAAGUGACGAGCGACAUAUAUAACUCGUCAUUUCUGUCACAAUAACUAGUAUAUUAUAUUACUUAUCGGUGUAUAUGUUCUACGGAAACUGUUACAUUAUACAAUAUGUUGUCGAUCAAAUAAACAAAAAAUUUAGAA